AGCUAAGAAGAUAUAAUUACAAUUUUAGUACGCGCCCUGAAGGUCCCCAGAGAGAAGAGUCAAAGAUGUUAGCCAGUGAUUCUAUAUCAACAUGUGGUGAACCAGCAUUUGCAUCUAACAUUGACAGGUUUGAAACACUAGAAGAAGUUAGUAGAGCUAUAAAACAAGAAGGUGUUGAUAAUUGUGGUCUCAUAUUUGGUAUAGAUUAUACAUUAAGCAACAAAUUGCAAGGUCAGAUAACAUUCGGAGGUUCCAGUCUUCAUGAUAUUUCUGAUGACAAAGUUAAUCCAUACCAGGAGGUUAUAUGUAUACUUGGUGAGACUCUAGAACCUUUAGAUGAUGAUGGUAUAAUACCAGCAUAUGGGUUCGGUGAUAGACGGGUCAAGGAUAAAGGCAUAUUCCCAUUGAAGACUGAGGGAGAAUGUGAUGGUUUUGCCGAAGUGUUAGAUGUAUAUAAUGAAGUCACACCAUCAAUUAAACUUGGAGGACCAACUAACUUUGCUCCGCUUAUAAAAGAAGCUAUUGAUAUUGUUAAAAAAGAAAAACAGUACCACAUUCUAGUGAUUGUUGCAGACGGUCAGGUAACUAGCGAGGAGGAGACAAUAGAUGCUAUAGUAACCGCCUCAAACUAUCCUCUCUCAAUUGUUGUAAUAGGUGUAGGUGACGGACCAUGGGAAGUUAUGCGGGACUUUGAUAAUAAAUUACCUGAGAGAAAGUUUGACAAUUUCCAGUUUGUAGAAUUUCACAAAACCAAAUCAGAAGCAAGAAAUCCGCAAGCAGCAAUAGCACUUCAGGCCUUGAUGGAAAUACCUGAUCAGUUUAAAGAUAUUAAAAGACUGAAUCUGUUGAAUAAAUUGUGAAUAUUAAGAUAUUCUUCCAUAUGAGUUUCAUACAUUAAUGAAUUGAAACUUUGUGACAUUGAGCCAACUGCCACAUGCUUGCGAUAAUUUCUUCUUUUCUAGAGUUUUGUUAUAAAUCUAGGUUGUGAAUUUGUCAAAUGUAAAUGAGCCGCGUGUAGCAUUAGUUGUCCUAAUCGUCCAUUUCAUUUUUUUCUGACCUUUUAAGUUUAUCUUUUGUAUAUCACUCAUAGGAAACUGUAUGUCUUUUAAAGUAAUGUUAUCCGGUCAUGACAAAUUUAUCGCAGUAAUCACGUGGCCGUUUAAUGGCCUUAUUUGGGGAUCAUUUCUAACUGUACAGGGACGAAAAUUGCUGGACGCGGCUCAUAUAAGAAUACUCCUAACUUUUAUCUUGUUGAUGACACUGGUUGUGGCGCCAUUAUAUGUCGCAACGCCGCUAAAUGUCGCACUUGCCGCUAAAUGUCGCACCAUUGCCGCUAAAUGUCGCAACCGCCGCUAAAUGUCGCAAAAUCAUUUGCCGUUAAAUGUAGCAAUGUUAGCGUUAAAUGCCGCACGGAUUUCCCCUACCGUUAAAUGUCGCAACACUAUCGUUAAAUGUCGCAAGACGUUGAACUAUUGUGUUAUAUCAAUUAAAUCUGCCUACUCAAGACGAAUUAUGCCUGUUUGAAAACGAGUGAUUUUAUCAUAUAUGGAAAUGCGCUGCAAAUUAUACAACGAUAAUACUCAUAUCAUAAAUAAAUGUAUAUUGUUUUG